CAUAAAUGUGUCUAACUGCAAUUAUUGUAUGAUCAUAAUAGCUAGAAUAAAUUUGAAAAAAGAUUUGAAUAGCUGAAAGAAUUUCCGAUCUCAGGUGGCGUAUACAAAGGCUCUAUCAAAACUCCUGAAAUCAGGGUCUCUGAAAAACUAAAAUCUCAGAAAACCAAGUUCCAGAGUUCAAUCCAGAAAUUCUUUGCAAAUAAGUCUGUCGUAUAGAGCAAACAUUUUCUGAAGAAAAUGAGAUGUCUCCGAGCUGUUUAUGGCAUUUUCUCAUGAAGCAGCAUUCAAUUUACGGAAAGCUCCAUAGCAGCAAAACUAACGGAAAAACAAGAAGAUACGCCCUUAGGGCCUUUUGUAAAUUGAUUCUUGCUCCAGGAGAAAAUGUCGUAAACAGCUCGGAGACGUCUCAAUUUCUUUAGAAAGGUUUGCUCUACACGAUGGACUUAUUUGCAAAGAAUUUCUGGAUUGAACUCUGGGACUUGGUUUUCUGAGAUUUGAGUUUUCUAGAGACCCUGAUUUCAGGAGUUUUGAUAGAGCCUUUGUAUACACCACCUGAGAUCGGAAAUUCUUUCAGCUAUUCAAAUCUUUUUUCAAAUUUAUUCUGGCUAUUAUUAUCAUGCAAUAAUUGCAACUAGACGUAUUUAUGUGUCGCCGGGAGCCAAAGGGUUAAGAAUGAAAAUAAUUCUCUCUCAUUUCUCUUUCGCUGUUCUUCAUAUUUCGUACUCUCUGUUCUAUUAUUCUCUCUAAUUAUUUCUUUUAAAGUAGCUAAAAUAGAAAAUCAGCGUGAAAGUGAUGCGGUGGAAAUCCACUGACUGAAUCGAUCGAGAACAAUUACUCUCUAGUUUUCUUUUUUUCUCCUAUAGCGAUUACCUUCCCAGUAGUUAAUAGCGUUAGUAGGCUCUCAUUUUCGAAGAACAAGCAAAAGAAAAAAAGUGAUGCCGGACAACAAAUACUGGGAAAUUUUCUAAGCCUAAAACACAUUUUUCUUCCACUUACUGGACCGCGCAACGGUCAAUCUACAGUGCCCAAAGGACGUCAUCCCGUUUUCAGGAUGUUUCUACGUCUCAUAGUUCUCUAUAUCAUAUUGCUCACAUUUUGCAAAAAAAGUGACUAAACAAAAAAAAAAAAGAUAAAAUCCCUGCAAAAACACAUACUGUCUUUCAACAUAAUAAUCAAUAAACCUAAAGAACAACAACAAUAAAUAGAUAGAGAAAAUGCAUCGAGUAAUUUAUUACAAGUGUGAGAGUGUUAUUGAUUUUUCUUGGAUGUUAGCGAUUGAUUCAUGGUGUACUUUGCAAAUAUCUCAUAAAAACCAUUAUAUAAUACGUCUUCAUAAGAAAUUUUCUGUUCCUAUAAACAAAUGUGAUAAAUCUUAUGUAUCAACUACCACCUAAACAAUUCUAUCGUUUAUUAUAGAAAAUAUCAUCCUGGUCUAAUCGUGCAUGUGCAGCAUUCGAACGCGUUGUUCUAUUACGAAAUUCACAAGAUAAAUUACUUUAUGUAUUAUGCGACAGCAAGCAACUUGUCAUUCAAAUUGUUAUCUUUUAUAAUUAUUACAAUCAUUAUUAUCGAUUAUAUCAAGCACCAAAUAAAUAUCAUUUACCUUACAAAUCCUAUUUUGAUCAGUAUAAUGCCAUUUAUGAUUUCUUCAAUUUAUCAAGGAUCAUUUUUGACGAUACAAUCGUUUUUAUACCACAUCGACGGAUGGAUUUAGUUCAUUUUUUAACUCAAAUAAAUUCUUCUCGUCUGAUUGAUUGUAAUCGAACAUCUACACGUUUAUUUAAUAAACAAUAUCCAAACAGUACCAUAAUAACAAUGGAACAAAUCAGAACAUAUCAAGAAAUUAUUGUUAAACUAAAAAUAUUAUUCAAACAUUUUCAUAUUCCAUUUUUCAUUUAUAGUGGUACUCUACUUGGCUGGUAUCGUCAAUGUUCAUUUAUUCCGUAUACAACUGAUAUUGAUUUUGCUACCUUUUCUCAAUUUGCAUCUAAUGAAACAACUGAACGAUUGGGUAAUAAAAGUUUAGAACUCGAUUUACCUCUCGUACAUAUUUUUGGAUUAUCAGAAUAUGCUUUUGAAUACCGUUUUUCGACGACAUUGUCCAUUGAUUUAUUUUUCUUGUAG